CUAGAACUCGUGACGUCAUUUCCCGGGACUACAGAGGAACCGCUCGACGCGCUAAUGUAUUGGGCUCGGACUGAGCAAUAGAAGAAAGAGAGAGGGAAGAGGAGAGAGAAAAGGGAGAGAUAGGUCCUAGUAGAACAUAGAGACGUAAUUUUGGGACCUACACUUGGCGCCAAUCUGGCUGAAAAUGAGAGGUGUUUAGUUUAUGGAUUUUAAAUUCAUAUUUAUUUUCUAGCUGACUAGCUAAUUAUUUGUAGUUAAUUGUUUGCUAGCUAGCUAGCUAAGUUAGCUGUUUUUAUUUGUACCACAAGCCCCCUUCACAUUGAACGUAUAGAAACAUACGUAGGUAUUAUACCUUGCAAAGUGUAGUAGAGCUAACUAGCUAGCUGGUUAGCAAAUCUCUUGAAGGUGGUCGUUUAAAUACAGCAAUAUGGGGAGGAAAUCAAAUCGAGCGAAGGAGAAGAAGCAGAAGAGGCUGGAGGAGCGAGCAGCCAUGGACGCGGUGUGCGCGAAGGUGGAUGCCGCCAACAAGCUUGAUGAUCCUCUGGCCUCAUUCCCAGUGUUCAAAAAGUAUGACAGAAAUGGGUUGAACCUACAGAUAGAGUGUAAACGGGUGUCAACUCUGAACUCCAGCACGGUGGAUUGGGCUUACGAACUGACCAAAACCAACAUGCAGGCUCUCUAUGAGCAGAGCGAGUGGGGCUGGAAGGAGAGAGAGAAGAAGGAGGAGAUGAUGGAUGAAAGAGCAUGGUAUCUCCUGGUCCGUGACAUAGACUCCGCCCCCAUUGCCUUCUCUCACUUCCGAUUUGAUGUGGAGUGUGGGGAGGAGGUGCUGUACUGUUACGAAGUGCAGUUGGAAAGCAAAGUGAGGCGGAAAGGUCUGGGCAAAUUUCUCAUCCAGAUUCUCCAGCUCAUUGCCAACAGCACGCAGAUGAAGAAGGUGAUGUUGACAGUAUUCAAACACAAUCAUGGUGCUUACCAGUUCUUCAGAGAAGCCUUACAGUUCGAAAUCGAUGAGAACUCGCCCAGCAUGUCCGGUUGCUGUGGGGACGACUGCUCCUACGAGAUUCUGAGCCGGCGGACUAAAUUUGGGGAGGCCGGAGGUCAUGGGCAUGGUGGGGGACAUUGUGGGGGCUGCUGCCAUUGAGGCAGGGAGGAUGGGUCUCAGUGAAGAACCCAACCCCCCCCCCCCCCUCCCGGCUCUGUACGCUUUACCACAAUCCCCAUUGACCUUUUCCUGACACAAUCCUUGGAAAUAUUCAGACUCCCCUUACCUCCCUAUCCCAUUACUCGUACCGUCAACAUUUGUUUUUGAUUUUAAUGCCUCCACCCCAACUGCUUAGAGUUGCAUACAACCCUUUCAGUGUGUUGAUAUUGUUUUUCUUACCAACGUCAUACUACUUCUUUUUAAAAGGAUAGCAAUAAGGCUCCUGUUGCACAUCAGAGUUCCUCCUGCUACUCACUGACCACCUUGUGUAAAUAUUGGGCCCACAAUAGCGUCCAAAGGAUUUUCAGAGCUUUUUUUCCUAUUCAGAAUUUUUAAAACUCUUCACAGUGUGAUUGCAUCUGGAGAUUCAUCGAACAGAAGCUAUAGGAGGUUUAUUGCUAUUUUUGUUAACGGUUUCUUCAGGCUACUCACAAGGUUGACUGAUUAUUAUGUGGAUAUAUUUAUAAGGAUAUCUUGAUGUACAAUUUUGCAUUCUUUACAACUAGACUUCACAGUGGUCUGUUGUCUCAGGUUAUCAAACUACAAAACACUUUCUGACAGAGAAGAGAGAUCAAUGUACAAUUGUUGUGGGGUUGAAUUUGAUGGGGUUGGAGGACAGGGGAUGGGUAUUCUAGGGGUCACAUUUAAAUAGAAGUCCUUAGUUUAAAAAUCUUUAAUAUUUUAUUUUUAAUCUUGCCAUGCUUUUGUCAUAACUGGUCAAGUUUCUGUCCCACAUCCCUCUUCAUAUUUUAUAUCCAUCAAGUCUUGAUCCUCAUGUAUAUAAUCUGUUUUCCUGUUCACUUGAUUUGCCUUUGGAGGUGAGACUUAUGGAAGAGACAUAAUAAAAAACUUGUUUAAGUCUUGAGUUCACUAGAUUCUUGCUCUGAGGAAGGUAACCAGUGACAUUUCUGCCCUGUCUGUGUUUUGUUUGUAUGCUCUGAAAUAAACUUGUUCAUAUUCUAA